AUGUCGCAGAGAAACAAGCAGUCCCCAACUGACUGGAACAUGUAUGAGCAUGGCCGUGCAAGUUCUUUCGGAUCCCUUGAAUCUGUCCCCGAGGAUGAUCAAUCGCAAAGAUUCAUCUCUACCUCAACUCCUCGAGACAUCCCACAAAGAGAUGGAUCUCGCGAUGGCGCUCGGCUGAGGCGGAAGUCCUCAUUGGGGAAAAGAUUUGACUCUAUUCGACAGAUGGGUGGUCCUAACAGCAUCGACAACUUUGCGAAAUCCUUACAAAGAGCUGCCGGUUUUCGAGAGAUCACACCCGUCCGGAGGAACUCGGUCUCGAUACCCGACGAUGAUCAAGAAGCUGAGCCAGAUGUUGCCGAGCAGUCAGCCGCCCCGGACAGGUCUCUAUUGAGGCAGCAACUGCUGCGCUAUGACAUGGACCACGGUUCAGGCUCUGCUGUGCAAGAUGAGCAGAGCGAGGUUGACGGUCCAACAGAAACAACUAGAUUGCUCCCUCGCAGGAGCAGACAUACAUUAAAGUCUCAAAGUGGGUCUUUGGUUCCUGGCAGUCUUCUACCCGGCCAGUACGCGGCUAGCUAUUCAAGCAUUUCCUCCAAACUCACAGUGACCGCUCGGCAACGUGCCUCAAUUCUUAUUAUGGAGCAGGAGGAAGCCAGUCGGCGCGCCAGAGAAGAUCUGGAUGACAAAUUUGAAGAGGAACCACCUCGGCACAUUGAGCAAGAGGUUCUUCCUGAUGGAGAAGUCAUUCACCGUGUUGUCGGCGAAUCCACCGUACCUAUGACUGUCUUUAAUUCGACCAACGUUUUGAUCGGAGUGGGCAUCCUUGCUCUGCCACUGGGUAUCAAAUAUGCGGGUUGGGUUCUUGGUCUAACAUUUCUGACUCUUUCUGCCCUGGCCACUUCUUACACCGCAAAGUUGCUGGCCAGAUGCCUAGACACCAACACCGGUUCCUCCACGUACGGGGAUAUUGCUUUCCUUGCUUUCGGUACGACUGGUAGAAACCUGGUCGAGAGUUUGUUCAUCCUUGAGCUGACAGGCGCCAACGUUGCCUUGGUCAUAUUGUUCGCGGAUAGUAUGAGCUCGUUGAUCACUGGUUUCGACAACGUUACAUGGAAAAUCAUCAUUGCCGUUGCCUUGAUUCCUCUAAAUUUCGUGCCAUUCAAGUACCUGAGCUUCACCAGUGUCAUUGGCAUCUUCUGCUGUCUGGCCAUUGUUGUCAUCAUCUUCGCCGAUGGUCUCAUCAAGCCUCACGCCCCAGGGUCUCUUCGUGAAAUCUCCAAGACUUAUGCUUUUCCUGAGAAUUGGGCUACAGUUCCGCUCAGCCUGGGUCUUAUCAUGGCUCCUUGGGGUGGCCACAGUGUUUUUCCUGCGGUCUACAAAGAUAUGCGUCAUCCGCAGAAGUAUGUUCGAGCUGUCAGGUACACCUACAUAUUCACUUACGGCUUGGAUGCCUCCAUGGCCAUCCUCGGGUACCUCAUGUUUGGCGAAAAAGUGAUGGACGAAGUGACUGCUAAUAUUCUCCGUUCGACCGCCUAUCCUCAUGCUCUAUCCGUCAUCAUUGUGAUGCUUAUAGCUGUCAUACCUAUUACCAAAAUUCCCCUCAGCAAUCGACCAAUGCAGGACACGAUCAAUAAGAAAUUCUACAUUGAUCUGCGCCAGAUGGAUCACAAAGCACGUGUACGAAGUGAAAAGAGCUGGAAGCAUCGCAUUGCACGUUCAAGUGUUGGAAUUGUGGCCAACUUGGUUCAAUUGGCUUUCGCAGUCUUUUUCCCGGAUUUUGACAGUCUCAUGGCAUUACUAGGAUCGCUGUUCUGUUUUACUGUCUGCAUCAUUCUCCCAGUAAGCUUUUAUCUCAAAAUAUUCAGUUCCGAAGGGAAGGAAAUCAGUUCAAUGGAGCGUGUCGGAUGUUGGGCCCUACUUUUGGUGUCGGCCGCCUUUGGGAUCACUGGAACUGUUUUUGCUAUCGUCCCAAAAGACAAGUUUGGAAUCUCAAAAUAA